AUGCCCGGGCAAUUCGUCUGGAUCAACGGCAUGCCCGGCGUCGGCAAGCUCACCGUCGCGCGGGCCCUCUGCGCCCUCGUCCCCGACACGCAGCUCGUCGACAACCACUCGCUGAUUGACCAGGUGCAGCUACCGCGCGACCACGCCGACUACAAUGCCGAGCGGGCGCGUGUCCGCGACGCCGCCUACGCCUCUGUUGUGCAUCCCUCCGACGAGAGACAACUAGCCCGCGUCGUCAUCUUUACAGACUUCUUCACCGCCGGCACAAUCGGCGCAGAGUGGUCGCAGGCGCACCAGGCAGCCGCGGCGCGCGGUGGACGCCUGUUCUUGCCCGUGUACCUGACGUGUGAGCGCGAGGAGAACCUGCGACGCGUGGCGCGGCCGGAGCGCGGCGCGGCGGGGUGCGGCAAGCUCACAGACGUGGCGCUGGUGGCGAGGUUCUUGGACGACUCGACGAUUUACAGGUUUCCGGGCCGCGGGGUGGACAUUGACACGACCGGGCGGGAACCGGACGAGACGGCGCUGCUGAUACAGGAGGCAAUGAGGGCACAGCUACAAGAGGCGCAAAUAUGA